CCGUUUAAAAAGUUUACACACUCAACACGACAGUGUCAUAAUACUUGUGUAUUAGUUGUGAAUAAGUCGAUAUUUUCUGUCCAAUGGAUCUUUAAAAUGGAUAAGUUUCCUUCAGACGGAUACACUUUUUUCGUUCAGUUUUGUGUAAUGUAUUCACGUAUACUUUAAAAUAUAUAUUCCUAGGUAACAAUACUAUUUAAAAAUCAACAAUGUUUAACAUUCGAGUUUAACAGAGCGUUGCAAAUUUUUUUCAGAUAUGAACGACGUGAAAAUUACAAUUUUAUUACUAAUGGAUGUAAUAUCUUUAGUUAUGUAAAUAAGUAGAUUGAAAUUCAUCCCAAGAUACAGAUGUGGUUUUAAUAUCUUUCGUCCACUGAUAUUUUAUUAAUCAACUUAUAGAAGAUGAAUACCACGGUGACAAACAGCGAGAGAAAUGUAGCUGGGACCGUAAUUGCUGAAAUAUUUCUAAUUUUCGUGUGCAUUACUGCAAUAAUUGGUAACACUUGUAUGUGGAUUAUAGUUUAUCGGACACGUAAACUUCGGACGAUCUCCAAUGCUUUCAUUCUGUGUCUAAAUAGUGCUGAUUGGUUAGUAUCCGUUCUGAAUAUGCCAACGACUGUAGUAGCGCUUGCUUUAGGAAGAUGGCCACUGUCGUCACAGGCAUGCCAAGUUUUUGGAUUUUUUAAUAUGUUCACUUUAGUUCAAAGUGUUCUUUCGUUGUGUAACAUUAGUAUAAACAGAUAUGUAAUAGUCUGUAGACCUUUCAGGUUUCCAACAAUAUAUACAACCAAAAGAUCUAUCAUGAUGAUAAUAGCCUGUACCAGUAUAUCCAUAAUUAUUUCAACGCCUCCAUUGUUCGGUUGGGCAGAAUAUGGUUACAUUGAGGAACAAUUUUAUUGUUUUUGUUUAUGGCCUAAAUCACCAUCAUACGCAUUUUUUAUGAUAGGCGUGUGUUUUGGUAUACCUCUUACAGUCAUGGCUAUAUGUAACGUACUAAUUUUUACGGCAGUGCAAGCAAGUAAGAAACGAACAGCCCGUUCAUCAAGGUCAAGUAUGGCAAUAAGCAAAAAUAUUUCAAUUCAGGAAUCUUCUAGUGACACAGAAGUCCAAACUAAGACAGAAAAAGACAAAAAAGAGAAACGAGAAACAGAAAAUAAAAAAGAACGUAAAAACGUUGAUAUGGUCGAUGUUCAAGUGGAGAUGUCCGAUUCAAAUACGGAAACCAACGAUGUGAAAAAGAGGCUUAGUAAACUGCCCAGUAAUAAAGUGAAAGCAGAAGAUAUUCGACUUGCACUUGCGUUAGCAAUUUGUGUAGUGUGCUUUUUCAUUUCUUGGUUUCCAUUUUGUAUAAGCAUGCUUAUCGGAAUUUAUGCUCCGAAUGCAGUCUCGAACGAUUUCCAUUUAGCUACACUUCUGAUAGGAUAUUCAAACAGCUGUAUGAAUCCUGUGAUAUAUGGAAUUAUCAACAAAAGAAUUGGAAAGGGAUUCAGAGAUCUGUUUUGUCGAUGUCGAUGCUGUAGUAAAGAAAAGUUAUAAUUUACUGCAUUUUCGUGAAAAGCAUUUAUUUUAUAAUAUUUAUCCAUUUGUUGAAUAUAUAUAUAUUAUAUUUAAA